AUGGUCAGCGCGAGCUCCGUGAUGGGGCUCAAGGCCGAGCUGCACGCGGCGCGGCAGCGCGCAAAAGGGGAAGAGGCGCCGCAGAAGCGCAUACGGACGCAGCUUCGGUGGGCCGAUGCACCUAAGGACGCAAAAGGGGCGGAAGAGGACCGCGCCGAGGACCGCGCCCUGGAAAAGUCGCGCUCGGCCCUCGAGCGCAAGGCACGCGCCUAUGCCAAGCUGCAGCACGGCAGGCAGGGCGGCAUCGAGACGGAGGGGCUCGUAGACUGGGACAUGAAAGACGAGGAGGAAGAGGAGGAGGAGGAGGAAGAAAAGGAGCCCGAUGCGGACGACCCCAACGACCCCUUGGUCGAGUACGAAGACGAAUUCGGGCGCACACGCAUGGUGCGCCAGAGCGAUCUCCCACGCCAGACUCCUCACGUACCCGACGAACCCUACGAUAAUGCAGUCUAUGGGCCCGCGACGUCGUUUCCCGUUUUUCAUAAUACGCCACGCACGCUCCCCAUCCCCGAGCGGCGCGCCACGCCCGAGCCGGAGCACUUUGACGCGGACUGGGACAUUCGCGCGCGCGGCGCCGCGUUUUACAAGUUUGAUGCGAACGAAGAGGUGCGUCGCGCACAGCAGCGCGACCUGCAGGCUCUACGGCACGAGACCGAGGCGAAGCGUGCCGAGCGGCCGCAGCGCCCCCCCCAGCAGCGCACGACGCUCGGCGCGGCGCGGCGUGCGGCGCGCCAGCGGUACGUCGACGCACAGCGCGAGCAGGUGCGGUAG